AUGCUGGCUCAACAGUACCACUUCUUCGUGCCAUCCGCUGACAGUAAGGUCAGUAUGUUGGAAUUUUCUUUGCCCAUGUUCCGCAUGUAUGGAGAACUCUAUGUGGACACAAUUUUAGAGCAGAUUGGUGUUGCAAGGAAGAGAGGCAAGGAUACCCAAGCUGUAGCACAUACAGAAACCUUGAUUAAAACAGUGAACGCGUUCAAAGAGCAUUUCAAAUCCGCUUUUGAAAAAAUCGCCAAACUUCAUGGCAGGCCACACGUUAUGCCACCCGAUAAAUAUCCCGACUGCGCAGUUUUACCAGGCCACAAUGUCGAAAUGUGUACUUGCAUUUUAGCAAUCGGACCAAACAAAUUCACCUCGGAUGAAGUCACAAAUGGCCCAGGCAAAGACUCAAAAAACUUUUGUGUUGGGAUUUUCUAUGACCGUGUGAACCCAUGUGAAGAUGCCGAGCGAGGUUAUGUGGCCAAAUACGCUCGAAAACACCUGACAGCCAUUACAACCUACUGGAAGAAACAAGUUGGAGAUGCAGUAGAUAGUUGGGUAGAGACUGCUAAAGCGCUGGAACCACUCAAGGCGAACGUUAAGAGGUGA